AUUAUUGGGCUUGGAUUUGGGCUUUCUAUUUCCAUGGACGCCUCUUUUCUCUGUACACGUCUCAGCAAGUUACUCACGGUCGACGAGAAGGAACUGAGGGGUUUGCUGGUGUUUGCGGGUGUUUGCUCCUUGCCGUCGCUGAUUUGUUUCGAUUCUCAGAAGAGACGUGACAAGUUCUAUCGUCUUUACAAAUCACCACAAUUACUGUUACGCCGUUCGUUCCAGAGCACAGCGCUGAACAAUCAGUGACUGACUUUUACAGAAAUGGAAGGUGGAGACGACGGAGUCGAGAUGCUGGUGGAUUCUAAGGACAUGCAGCAACAGAGCAAGGCUCUCGAUAAGCUCACUGAUCGCGUUGAAGACCGUCAACUCGAUUCCACUCGUGUUCAAGAGGCAAUGGCAUCUAUCGCUGCAUCGGCUGAAGCCGAUCGGAAGGCUAUGAUAUUGAGAGAGAAAGAGCUAGCAGCUGUCAAGAUACAUAAUCGCAAGCGAAGUUGAGGUUAAAUUAACAUUGUUUGCCAUGUUUCUCAUGUUCAAUGUAGAUAACAG